ACGCAAUUUUGACAUUUUAAUUUGAUAGAAUAUGUCCUGUCGUUCGAUUUAUCGAAUGAUGAGUGAGCCCAAUAAUAUUACGGGUUAAAAUUUAUAUUUUUUAUGUGUAACGAUGUCGGAGGUUAAUAUGGAGAAGUUCGCCGUGCCAGAUUUUGUUCCCGAGCGUUACGUAAAGGAGCUCGCCAAGUCCUGCGUCGGAGGGGAGGAGCUCCAACAGCAGAAGGAGAAGAUCCAAAGUCUGGCUGACGAGACCGCAAGUGCCCUCAAAAAAAAUGUUUACGAGAACUACAUGCAGUUCAUCGAGACGGCGACGGAGAUAUCCCACCUAGAAGCCGAAAUGUACAAGCUGUCUCAUUUACUCAGCGAGCAGCGCUCCGUACUCACUACCUUGUCCCACGCGUCAAUUCUAGGUAACGAAAAUGCUUUAUCUCGCGAAUCGCUCGAAAACCACGACAUGGAAGCGGAGAGAGUCGAGGAACAACGAAAAAACAAACUCAACAUAAUCAUGGAAAAAGUUGACUCCUGUAUAAAUUUGUUAGACGUCCCAGAUAGAAAUCUACUUCACGAAGGAGACUUAUUAGAAAUAGAUGCGGAAGAGAACACUGCCUUGCAGAGGAUGCAUGUUUAUUUAUUUAAUGACAGUGUCAUGUUAACCUCAUGGAUAUCGAACCGACGAGGUCCAAUGAGAUAUAAGUUUCAGGCCAGUUAUCCAAUAAGUACUCUUGCUGUUGUUAAUGUGAGAGAUUUGGGCACUGUAAAGCAGGCCUUCAAAGUUUUAGCAUUCCCUGAUACCAGAGUGUUCCAAUGUAACAGCUUUGCUAUAAAAAAAGACUGGCUUGAUAAGUUUGAAGUAGCAAAAAAAAUGUAUAUUGAGAAGGAAAAUUCGAAACAGAAAAAAAAGGAAAGUCAAGAGAAGCCUAAGCCUGAAAUGUUAGAAUCGCCUAGUUUAUCUGUUGAAGAGAUGCCUUCCCCACAAGUCCCUCCACUGCCGGAGUGGUUGGCUGAUGUCACUGAAGAGCUGGAUGUACUCAUUGUUGAGAGACAUUUUCAGAAAACAUAUGAACUCAUGGUGACUGCACAGAAAACAUUUAAUACGGACGAAUAUAAAACACACCCACAGAAACCAGAUAUUUUAAAGAAAAUUGAACAAAAACAGAAAGUGUUGAUGGAAAUAUUGUUAAAGGAAUUAGAUGUAACACAUAAUUGGAGUCCUAGAGGUGGGUUGCAGUCAACUCGACAACCCAUCCUUAUACUUAAUAAGUUCAACAUGACGAGUCAAGCAUGUGAACUGUUCUUAGCUAUAUGUAGUCAUACUGUUAAAGUACAUGUAAAAGGGGUCCAAUUAGAGGGCUCCAUCAAUACUUACGUUAAGCAAGUGGGAGAAGUGUUCUUUUGUUCACUGAGUGAUGCCUUAACAGAGUUCAUUGCACUGUUUCCUAAGAAUAAAAUAAGCGCUUUUGUAGUUUGGGCUAGCAUGCAACUUAGAAUGUUAAUGAGUCAAAUUAUUAAACAAGUGUUCACACCACAAUGUGCAUUAGACUCUGUGUUAGACUGUGUACAAAGUUUAAGAGAUCAGUGCACACUGUUCUGUGAAUUUGGAUUAGAUUUGAGAUUUCAAUUAAAUAGCUGUUUGAGAACACCAAUAAUAAAAGCGUUAAGAGAGUAUAAAGAAAAAAUUGUUGAUUCAAUGAAAACUAAAGUGUCAGAAGAUAAAUGGACUCCUGUGAAUAUGCAUACUAAAGCUGGAGUGAAUAAAUUUUUAACACAAAUGGAAUCCUUGGGCCUUAUAUUAGCUAAGUACAUAAUAAAUGAAACAUGGGUGGACUUGUCCAGUAGUACAAUAUGGUUUGCACAGUCGGUGAUAACCAUACAAAAAGUAGGUCUCGACCUUGUCACUAAAGACAUGAUGGACGUAUUGGAUGAGUGCAUUCAUGCUAUAUUUAACUCACGUCUGAUGCUCUCUUUGGGUAAUGACUCCAGUUAUGCUCAGAAAAAUUUUAAAUUUAUUUUAGAUACAGUGAUGCCUCUGAUGCUCAGAUGUUACAAGGAAAGCGUUGGUUAUGAUAACGAAAAACUGGUGGCUCUGGCCAAGAAGUUUGGCGUUAGUGUUGCACCACCAAAGAAGUCCAACAUCACAAAGUAUACAAGUAACGAAUACUUAUGAGAAUAGUCAUUACAUUACAGGCAGUGUUACUGCAUGAAAUUAUUUUUAUUAUGCUGAAGCUUUAAACUUGUAUUAUAUAGGUAGUAAGCAUGCAGGAUUUUUGUAAGUUUAUUUAAAAAACUGAUCAAAUUGGAGUUUAUAUUAUAUGCAAGUUAUGAAUAUGAAAUUUUAAUAAACCAAAUUUAUGGUUCACGGUUUAAUUUCAUUCAGUAUCUUGGAAGAUGUGGACACAGAAUAAAAAAUAUAUUUGAAA